AAAGCACCAAUCAUACUCUAUUCGCGGGCGACAGCUUUGCCAUAGAAGCUGUCCUGCGCAACAAUAAAACAACAAGCUCACGGAGGAUGUUUCGUCAAAUCAAUAGUGCCCGUAUGUGCAUGGCCAUGCGUUCCUUGACUCGCAGUGUGUCCGUGGGGGCACUCCGCUGGAACCAAAAGGAUCCCAAGUCUCUUGUCGUGUGGCCGCAAAAGGAGAAGACCGACACAAACAAGGAGGCCUCAGCCCUCGUGGUCCUUAAGGAUGAGCCGAAGAAACUGAGGCUGAGCCGCCGUGACCAUUUGCGACAGAUUUACAAGGAGAGCCGGACAAACCCCAAAGUGAAGGAACAGGUCGUUUAUAUGCCAAUGGACUCGAAAAAGAUCAACAGGAAGCCGCUUGAUCCUGCACGAGUGGAACUUGUGAAUCGGAAGUGGAAGGAGAACCAGCAAGAGAUUGAGAUCCGAAUGCACAAGGCAGACAAAAAGAAGAAGUACGUCUCCCGAUUCGAGAUGAACGCGGGCCGGAAGGAGAAGAUCAAAUAAUCGCUAGCUAUAUCUCUCCCACUGACUUGCGCAUUCACCCGUUGACAAAGCACCAGGCACUUGAACACGUAAUUGUUAAUUAUUAAAAUUCUUGUUAUCAUCCAGCAAAGAGCAAAGAGCAAAAGUAAACCAGUUGGAUCUUC